AUGAUUUCCUUCACGGUGUUGCCGGGGGCCCGGAGUCUCCUUGAGGACUUUUUGAUGCGGCCACGGCAGCCCUCCGCGCGGGAUGGGCGGCACUCGGGGGGCGUGAGUCGGGCCGCGCCACCCGCACGAGUGCGCUGGGGCCAAGCUGAACGGCCAAAAAAUUCAGCUGCAGCGCGCCGCCAGCUACUCCGUAUUCAUGAGGUGAGCAGCCAACGGGCGGUGGAAACCAAUGAAGGGAGAUCCCAGCCCGGCAAGAGGGAGAUGCAGGUGCGCAGUCUGCCGGACCAAAGGAGUCUUGUCGCAGCCCACGCCACCGCAAGCCUCUUCCCGCAGAGACCUCCAGCAGGUCACAGCUGCAGCCGAGUGUUGAUGUGUGUUUUCCUCUGCGGAAGGGGCCAGGCUGAUAAUAAUGGUGGUGGUGGUGGUGCGUGCACCUGCAAUUCGGGAGGGGUUGCAGGGGCCCAGGGAAAUCAGGCCGCAGGCGGCGGCACCGAGAAUCCGUCCUGA